GGAAGUCAGUUAAGUUUUGUUGUAUUGUUGCCACGGAGCUCCCGCACUGGGCUUUAAACUCAGAAAACCUCAUCUACUGCCUUCAGAACAUAAUUCCCUUUUUAAUAAAUAUAUUACCUAUAAGGUGACCGUGCACCAAGAUGCCACCUAAGAAGCGCAACUCUCAGACACAGAGCAAGGAGGUGAAAAGUGCUGAAAGUGUCUCUCCAGACAAGAAGGAGGGUCCAGAGUUAUCAUUUAAAAAACACAGAGACAAGGAUGCUGAGUUUGUGACCCUGUGUAAGAGCCUUCACGUGACGGACCUGGUGUGUGACCGUGCCUGGGCGCUGUGGAAAACCGUUCAAGAGUCUAUGGAUGAAAUCGCUGACAGUCAGAAAAGGGUCUGGGGGGCGUGUCUGUUUGUGUCGAGGACAGAGGUGGACGUCGCCUGUUUCACAUUAACUCAGGUUCUGAAAGCAGUCCGUCUGAAUGUAAAGCAGUUUGUGUCUCUGGUGAGGAAGUUGGAUGUGAACCUGGACACCAUAAGCACCAAGGUGAACUCAGCACUCACACGACUGGAGAAGAAGUACGACGUGUCACUGGCUCUCUACCAGCGGUUUGAGAAAACGUGCAAGAAUAUCUUUGCUUCGGCUUCUGAUGAUCAUGUCUCUUUUCCAAGGCAGAGGGAGACCAUGCGGCGCUGCUGGACAAUGUUUCUUUUAGCGAAAGGAAGGGCCUUGCAGAUGGAGGAUGACCUGGUCAUAUCAUUCCAGUUGCUGCUUUGUACGCUGGAGUUAUUCAUCAAGCGUUGUCCUCCAGACCUUCUGCAACCUCUUUACAAAUCAGCCAUCAGCAAAUUUCAGAGCCCUCCGACACGAACAUCUCGCCGCAGCCAGAGCAAAGCCAAACCCCGUCCUCUGGAGCCAGAGGUGGAUUUGCCGCUCCUCAAAACCUUGUGCAAAGACAACGAAUGCAAUGUAGAAGAGGUGAAGAACGUAUACCAGACCAGCUUCUCUGCUUUCCUGGACUCACUGGAUCUUUCCAGAUCUCCAGACUUCCCUCAGGCGAAAGACCUCAACCAACAAUACGAAGAACACUACCUCAAGAGUAGAGACAUCGAUGGGCGGCUGUUUUUUGACGGAGAUGAGACUAUUCUUGCUCCUAAAGUCGAGAUAUCACAGGUGGAGAGAACCCCGAAGAAGAACCUGUCAGAUGAAGACGCACUCAUUCCUCCCCAGACUCCAAUCAGAGCUGCCAUGACUUCCAUUCAGCAGCUGAGGGGCGAUCUCACCUCCAGUGGCGAUCAGCCAUCUACUAACCUGGCUAUGUACUUCAAAAACUGCACCGUGGACCCGACGCAGGAUGUGCUGAAGCGUUUGGAGACACUCGGACAGGCGUUCAGCCGGCGGUUUGGGGAGGCGGUCGGCCCGCGCUGUGUCGUACUUGGUUGGCAGAGAUUCAAACUCGGUGUCAGACUGUAUUACAAAAUCAUGGAGGCAAUGCUGAAAUCGGAAGAGAAGCGACUGUCUGUACAAAAUUUCAGUAAACUCCUCAAUGACUCCACAUUCCACACGUCACUGUUGGCCUGCGCUUUGGAGGUGGUGAUGGCGACGUAUGGAGAGAGCAGUUUUAAGACCGGAGGAUACAACCACAGUGGUGCCGGUGACCCAGUUGAAACCGACUUGUGCUUCCCCUGGAUACUGGAUGUGGUCGAGCUGCCCGCCUUUGACUUCUACAAAGUCAUCGAGAGUUUCAUCAAGGCCGAGCCCACUCUGAGCAAAGACAUCGUCAAACACCUGGAGACCUGCGAGAACCUCAUCAUGGAGAGAAUCGCCUGGAGGACGGACUCGCCGCUGUUUGAGCUGCUGAAGCAGGAGCACGGAGGCGGAGCAGCAGAUCAGGUGGAGACCCCGGCCAGUUUCAGCCAACCACUGCAGCACAACCACACCGCAGCUGACCUAUACCUGUCCCCCAUGCGUCCAGGCCUCCGUGUCUUGCCCCCCGAGUCUCCGCCCACGCCCGGCUCUCAGGCUUCCUCUCAGCCUUCGGCCCAGCCUGCCGGCCAGACUCCGCGGCUCCCGAAGUCCAACUCGCUCAGCCUCUUCUAUAAAAAAUUGUACCGGCUGGCCUACACCAGGCUGCAGAUCCUCUGCUCCUACCUGCUGUCCUCCCACCCUGAACUGGAGCCCAUCAUAUGGACCCUGUUCCAGCACACGCUGCAGCAUGAGCACGAGCUGAUGAGAGACCGUCACCUCGACCAGCUGAUGAUGUCGGCCAUGUAUGCCAUCUGUAAAGUGAAGAGUGUUGAUCUGCGCUUCAAGACCAUUGUCACGGCGUACAAGAACAUGCCCAACACCAACCAGGAGACCUUUAAGCAUGUGUUGAUCACCGAGGGCCACUAUGACUCCAUCAUCGUCUUCUACAACCAAGUGUUCAUGCAGAAGCUGAAAACCAACAUCCUGCAGUAUGCGUCUACCAGGCCACCCACCCUCUCUCCAAUCCCACAAAUCCCACGAAGCCCUUACAAGUUCCCCAAUUCACCUCUACGUGUGCCUGGGAGCAACAACGUGUACAUCUCCCCUCUGAAAAGCUCACGCAUGUCCCCGGGUAUCAUGACUCCUCGCUCCAGAAUGCUGGUAUCGAUUGGUGAAUCUUUCGGGCUGUCCAAUCGGUUCCAGAAGAUCAACCAGAUGGUGAACAGCGGCGAGCGCUCCUUCAAGAGGGCUCUGGAUCUCGGCUCGGCUCCGAAGCCUCUGAAGAGGUUACGCUUCGAUGUGGACGGGCAAGAUGAAGCCGACGGCAGCAAAUCUGGAGGAGAUUCUACACUGAUACAGAAGCUUGCAGAGAUGAGCUCCACUCGGAGUCGCAUGCAGGAGCAGAAGAUGAAGGAGGACGCAGAAUCAAAGAAGGAGUAACUCUAAAGCCUACUGAACUGACCUGCACUGUUUAUCACGACGUGAACGCGACGCUUUUGUUCACGCACAAAGUGAAACACGAGUUUCUCUUCACAUUUAGCAUUGGAUUUAGUUUGUAUUUAACUUUGAGGAGUAACAUGUGAAUAUAGAGGACUUUCUCCUCUCUUUUUGUUGAUGUGUGUUUUACCUGAAUAAUGAUUGAUGUCAUUGAAGAUUUAGUAUGUUUGGUUUUAAGAGUGAUAUUAAUUUGUGGGUGUUAAAGACAUUUUUUAUUUUGUUUUGCUCUUGUUGGAUGUCCAUUGCUGCUUUCCUUGUUAAAUACUUGGUUGACUGUUUUACCACCAUCAGCACCUUCAUAUGUUGACCUUUUUUCUUUUGUGACAUUCUUUUAAAAUGUUUCAAAUCAUGACGCAACAUUUCAGUUGUUCAAUCAUGAUCUCUCCUCUGAAAAAGGAAUAAAUGUCAGCGUCGGAGGGAAAUCGUCUUUUCGCAGUUUUACUUUUAAAGUGAUAUUUGACUCGGGAACUUGCUCGGAGCGUCUUGGAAAAGUGAGAAUUAUAAAACAAAAAGAAAUAGCAAAGGAAAAUGAUAUAGCAUAUAAUUUGCACUCAACCGAAAUUCAUGUAGUUUCAUAGGAUUUGGUUGACGGGUAAUGUUUCUCUGUGUGUAGAAACUUUUGUUAUACUUUUGAGGGUUGAGACUGUUCAUCAAAUGCAAUUAAAAGACUGUUUUUCAUGUUCUCACAUUUUUGUACGGAUAAGUUAGUUAAUGUUUGGAGCCGGGAGGUUUAGCUUACAGCGAUGAACGCGCACCACAUAGAGCAUUAAUAUCUCAACUUUACUCCAGAAAAGUGUACCACGGUCAGAUACAUUGCUAGAUAUGUCAAUUAGCAGAGUUUUUUUUUUUUUUUUUUUUUUAUUGAAAUGUGUUUAUAUUGUACUUUAUUGAAGUAGUUCCUUGAAAACGUAGUAAAUAUUUCUUUUGAAAAACUGAUUUUGUUUUUGUAUUCCUUUGCAUAGACGUAACUACAUGUUAUAUCAUCGUCUAUGUUAAUCAGUUGCCUUUGAGGCCAACAGUGAUCGAUGCCAGCUGACGAAGUGUUGUUGUCAUGUUGAGUUAUGCUGUUUGUUUUGUUUUUAAAGAGGGCUGUUAUGUGUUAUUCCAGCUUUAUAUACUAUGUAAUGCUGUCAGUUUUUCUUUGGAGAAAAAUACAAUUUGAGUGUUGGUGAUGAAACAGAAA